AUGUUGAUUCAGGAAUCUCACAAAGAUGUGCCUACGCAGCACGGCGGCGACAUGCGUAUCUUCAUCUUUCACCCGACCAUACCGAACUAUCCCAAGGCCAAGUUUCCCGGUGUCGUGAUCUUCAGCGAGAUCUACCAAGUGACUGGGCCUGUCGCUCGCUUCGCCAGGCAGAUCGCAUCCCACGGCUACAUCGUCGCCGCACCAUCUUCCUACCACGAGUUCACCGGUCCCGAACCACUCGCCUACGACGGUCCUGGUACAGACAAGGGUAAUGCUUGGAAGAUUGAGAAAAAGGUAUCCGCCUACGACGAGGACGCAACCCUGAGUAUCGAUCUUCUUGUCGGCUUAGACACUUGCAAUGGCAGGAUCGGUGCGACGGGAAUGUGUCUUGGUGGUCAUCUAGCUUUCCGUGCCGCCUUCGACAAGCGUGUGCUCGCCAGUGUGUGCUACUUCGCUACUGACAUUCACUCGAAGACUCUAGGAGAAGGCAAGAAGGAUGAUUCGCUUGAGAGAGCUGCUCGAGGCGACAUUAAGGGCGAGACGAUCAUGAUCUUCGGCAAGCGCGACACUCACGUCCCUCCAGCAGGCCGAGACCUCAUCCGCAAGACCUUGCACGAGGCCGGCACGACUUUCUCAUUCUACGAGCCUGCUUGGGCACAACACGCCUUCAUCAGAGACGAGCUGAGCAAAGGACGAUACGAUCCAGCUGUUGCAGGAAUUUGCUUCCAAAUGCUGCUCGAGCUGUUUGGCAGGACUUUGAGUGGCGAUCUUGGUCCAAGAGUGAACGACAGUGGCGAGGUGGAAGACGUGUGCUAG